CACCUGAGGUCCCUCAUCACUUCAUCACUGACAGCACGCGACCAUGCAGCGGCGAGGCCUGACGCACCUGAGACACUUUCUGCCGUUUUUGCUUUUCGCACUGACCUCCGCGGAACUGCCCAUGUGUAAAGAGUCAGAUUACCACUUUGAGUACACAGAGUGUGACAUACUCGGAUCGAGAUGGAGAGUGGCGGUUCCCAACAAGGCUGACACAUGCACGGGCCUCCCAGACCCAGUCAAAGGCACUCAGUGCACCUUCUCCUGUAGCGAGGGGGAGUUCCUCGACAUGCAGUCGCAGCAGUGCCAGAAGUGCGCCGUGGGCACCUACUCCCUGGGCACCGGCGUGGCCUUUGAUGAGUGGGACACCCUGCCGAGUGGGUUUGUCACUCUCGGUGUGACAUUGUAUGAAGGGAGCGCCCGUUCGCACUGCGUCAACUCGACGUGGACGCCAAAGGGCGAGUACAUCGCCUCAAACACAGACGAGUGCACCGCGACACUGUCCUAUGCUGUGACCCUGAAGAAACCUGGAACUUUGUUCUUUGAAUAUUUCUACCCCGACAACAGCGUCUACUUUGAGUUCUUUGUUCAGAACGACCAGUGUCAGUCCACAGACUCUAAAAGCCGGUGGAUGAAAAUCUCAGAGAGCACCUGGAGCCCGUACAGGGUGGAGCUGAACAAAGGCAACAACGUGCUGUACUGGCGAACCGCGGCGUAUGCUCUACAGGGCAGUGCUGUCAAACCUGUGCUGUUAAGAAACAUUCAGGUCUCAGGGGUGGCCUACACAUCUGAGUGUUUCCACUGCAAACCCGGCACCCACAGCGCGAAAUCAGGAUCCGCCCGCUGUACCCCCUGCCCUGCUAAUACCUACUCCAACAAGGGUGCCACUGUUUGCCAUGAGUGUGACCAAGAUAAAUACGCAGAGGCCGGUUCAGGGAGCUGUAAACCAAGACCUGCAUGUACAAGCAGGGACUACUUUUACACCCACACUCCCUGUGACUCAAAAGGACAGACGCAGCUCAUGUAUAAGUGGGUUGAGCCCAAGAUCUGCAGUGAGACGUUGAAAGGAGCGGUGAAUCUUCCAGCGUCAGGGGAGAAACAAACCUGUCCACCGUGCAACCCGGGCUUCUAUGUCACCAACUCCUCCAACUGUGAGCCCUGCACCAACGGCUCCUACUCAAACGGAACAGUUUGUGCUAAUUGCCCUGUUGGCACGGAGCCCGUUUCGGGCUUUGAGUACAAAUGGUGGAACACGAUGCCGACCAACAUGAAGACCUCCGUCUUCCGUCAAGCGUCCAGCAGCUUCAACCACAGCACAACGUGGGAGGUGGCUGGAGAGUAUAUCUACACCACACCUGGGGACCAGGACACAGACUACCUGAUGCUCACGCUCAGUGUCCCAGGUUACAGGCUGUCUCAGUCCGUGGUCACAGAUGAAAGGAGCGAACUAUCCCGCAUCACCUUCGUCUUUGAGACCAGGUGCACGGCUAACUGCAAGUUCUUCUUCCUGGCGGGUUAUAGCGAGUGGAAUAACAAUGUGAUCGAGCACUGGAACGGCAGCAAAAGCAAACAGUCGUACUCGUACCUGAUCCAGAGCAACAACACCGUCAGCUUCACCUGGACGUUUCAACGCACAGACGAACCCAACGUGGAGAGGAAGUACAGCGCCGACAGUGCCAAGAUCUUCUCCAUCCACAUCACCAACGUGAUCGGAGGCGUGGCCUCCGAGUGUCGCCGCUGUGCUCUGGUGGCGACCAAGUCCGACUCCGCCUGUGUUCCCUGCCCGCCCGGACACUACAUGGUCAGCGGGACGGGAGUGUGUAAGAGCUGCCCCCCGAACUCCUUCAUCAGGGCUGCCCAGCCUGUCGGAGAGGAUGCUUGUAUUAAGUGUGGACCCAACACAAAGAGGAACAAGGCCCACACGGCUUGUCUCAGUGACUGUACGCUGGACGUGCAGAUGAAGGGACGGGCGGCCCUGCACUACGACUUCUCCGCUCUGUCCAACGUCACCGGCUUCCACAGCAGCCCCCGCUUCACCAGCAAAGGCCUGCGAUACCUCCACCACUUUAACUUGGGCCUGUGCGGGACAGAGGGCCGAGUGCCGGCUUCCUGCGUGGACAACGUCACGGAGAGUGGGAGGGGGGUCAAAGGUUAUGUCUGUCAAUCCGUCGUGGUUCCCUCAGACAUCAGGAGUCAGAGCAUGGUGUCCUCCCAGCCUUUCCUCAUCGGUGACUCACUCGUCGGUGUGACGACCGAGUCGACCCUGAGCGGCAUCUCUUCUCCAAAACUGCUGUUCCCACCAGCGUCUGGGCUGCCAGAUGUCAUCUUCUACUACAAGUCCAGUGAUGCUACUCAGGCUUGUAAACAGGGCAGGUCGGCCACCGUCAGGCUGAGAUGCAGCCCCACAGUGACGGCUAAAGACCACAUCACCCUCCCAAGUAAUUGCUCCGAGGGGACGUGCGAUGGUUGUACCUUCCACUUCCUGUGGCAGAGCCAGCACGCGUGUCCACUCUGCACCAAAGAGCACUACAGAGAGAUCGUCAGUGCUUGUGUCCAGGGAAUACAGAGAACCACCUAUGUGUGGCAGCAGCCGUUGCAGUGUUACGGAGGAGAGGCGCUGCCAGCACAAAAAGUCAAUGCUUGCGUGUCUCUGGAUUUCUGGCUCAAGUUUGGCGUUUCCACGGGAACGGUUGCUGCUCUGCUGCUCCUCAGUAUCAGCUGUUAUUUUUGGAAGAAGACGCGCAAGCUGCAGUAUAAGUACUCCAAGCUGAUGAGUACCUCUGGUGGUAAAGAGUGCGAGCUGCCCACCGCAGACAGCUGUGCAAUCAUGGAGGGAGAGGAUGCAGAGGAUGACCUGAUGGACCUCACCAAGAAAUCCUUCUUCACCAAAAUUAAGUCUUUCUCACGGGAGAGGACAUCAGAUGGAUUUGACUCGGUUCCACUGAAGUCCUCCUCCUCGCUCCUGCGACGAGAGGAGUUCGACUCUGAUGAUGACGAUGACGAUGUCAGAGGAUGAGCAGAUCCUGCUACCAGGGCGUAGAUUUAGAAGAUUUAACAUCAGUGCACCUCAGACGUGGACUGUCAAAUGGAUUUAAUUGAUUUAUACAGAUACAAGUCUCAGUGAAGGAGCUUUGACAUUAUGCAAAGAGUGGUCUCCAUAUUGGGGACGAUCUGUGUUUUAAACGUCCGCCUGUUUUUUUGAUUCAAGCUGUGGAUAAUAUUACAUUUUUUAUGGAUAAGUGUGAGCGUGCACAUUUUCAUUUGUAUAACUGUGGGUGUGUUUUUCUUUUUUUCAUUUAAUUUUUUAUCAGGCCUCCCUGUAUAUUUAUUAGUCCAUCCAUUCAAUUCAGUCUUGUAAUGUCAUUUGACAAUGUGUGAUUUGUAUUUGCCUAACAUCACAAUAUGAUUAUAACUUAUAGUGCAAAGUAACGACAUUUGCUGCAGUAAAUAGAAAAAAAAAGGAACAACUUUAAGAAUAUUAAGCAAUCAUGCCUCCAAUGCUGCCUUCAGGUACUCUUUGUCGCAUGAAAAUAACAUGUGCACAUGUAAUAAAUGCUUAAUUAAUGUAGCAAAAAUUGCUGAAUACACAUGUCACGUUCCUGUAAAAGUAAACCCAUUAUAAGUAAAACAUGUA